AUGCGCGCCGCAUGGCUUUGGUGUGUAGCGCAUGCUGCAUUCUGCGCAUAUGCGAACGCAGCGCAUAAGGUGGCGGCUUCGUCGCUUGAAGUUGCCCAGCUGCCGAGCGAGAAGCUUGUGCCUUUUUUCAUGCAGCAUUACAGUCAACCACAGGAAGCGUUAGAUGAUGCUCUGAUCCUUCUUCGCUCGCUCAUCGGCGAGCCAAGUAUUGAAUUUGAUUCUAGCAAAGAUCAGGCUUUCCCCACCUGGAUCGAACGUAUGACAAGUCGGCUAGAAUCGAUUGGCUUGCCAGGCAUGUCACAAUUGCGGCAGUCUGUGCAUCGCUGGAUUCGGCGGCAGAGUGCUAUGUUUCCUCGUGGUGACUAUAACACGUACACGAGCACUCUGCGAGUUUUUCUAGCGCGUUUCGUUGAACUUCUCGUUGAAAAGCCCACAUACAAGCAGCGUGGCGCCCAUACAUACUAUGAUAUGCCGUUAGAACCAUUGUGGCCCAAUUGGGACUUUGAUCAUGUCAAAGCGUAUCAUGCUUCUCAACGACAAGAUACGCUGCCUGUGAUCAAUGGAUGGGAGCAAGCGAUGUGGGGUCCGUUUAUUGGACCUGUUCGUGAAGCUCCGCAUGCUUUGAUGCAUGAAAUCGUGCACAACUACACGAGUAGUUAUACAAAAAGUGCAUUGGUGGACUUGGCCCGGGCCAAUCCAUCACCCGAUGUUGAUUUUCAUACCGCUUCUGCAUCCCUUCGCGCCGUGCGCACACACGCUAUUCGACUACUUGAGUGGGUUGCAUACCCGCCCGAUGACGAUACCAGUGUCGACGCCAUGCUUCGUGCAUCCUUUGCUUUUUUCAAUGAGACGUCACGAGCACAGGCUGAUGCGUUAUGGAUCCUAGGUGAGCACUACUUUUGGGGCACACAUGGAUCAGCACCCAAUAUGACAAAAGCGUACCAAGCGUAUGAGCGACUUUCAAAGACAGGGAAUGCCACGGCACAUUCGCGCCUGGGGUACAUGCACUCGAGUCCGUUUCUUACGAAAGUGUACGGCUUUAAGGGCUCAGAUACCGAUGCUAUUGUGCAUCUAGCGCUGGCCACUCAGGAGGGUGAUUGGCUCGCAUCUAAUGCCAUGGGAUACCGGCUGAUGCAUGGCAUAGGAACGUCUGCCAACUGUACAGAAAGCCUGGUCAUCUUUGACCACUUGGCAAGACGGUCACAUGAAGUCUUUGAGCAAGGUCCACCUGGAGGCAGGACACUUCCAUACUCGAAGGUGCGUCUAAGUGAUCGCAUGCGGCUUUCGGGGCCUUCACAUCAGCUCGCAUCGGGACAAGGAUUCAAGGCUUUCUUCUCAGUUGUUCCGUUUUCGUACUAUCGAACGCAAGCAAUAAUUAAAAAGGACAUGAAUGCAAUGUUCGACCAGGCCGCUCUGGACGAACUCAUGGACCAAUACAGCUAUUUGGCGCAUGAAGAUCCGAUCAAGCAAUUCGAAUAUGCAAGUGCAUUGUACUUUGGGAGCAUCUAUGGCUACCGCGAAUCUCUCGGCGCCAUUCGACCGAACCCAGAACUGGCUGCGCACCAUGCAUUGUCUUUGGCCACGUCUCGCUGGCCAAUCUACAUCAAACUAGCUCAUAUCGAUGAUGAACUCUAUCGCGAUGGCUAUCCCGACAAGAUGCUGGCCAUCAUGUCUCAGUCUUCCGCUCAUGCAUAUGCAGCAAGGAAUGCUGCGGUUCUGUUGGGUGUGAUGUAUCUGCGUGGUGAAGGCGUUCUCCAAGACUUUAAAAAGGCGAAAGUGUGGCUUACGCGUGCUGCUCACGAGCAGCAGCCACUUGCCAUGUCGUACCUGGGCAUGAUGUAUGCCAAUGGAUACGGAGGCUUGACACCUAAUAUGUCGCGAGCCUGGAAUCUCUUCAAAAACUCCCACGAAAAGUCAACGCUCUCUUUGCUUGAGAUUGCGAAGCAGCACAUCAGUACGUAUGGUCGCUAG